AUGGGUGACCUCUGUCUGACACAAACGAUCCGUGAGAGGGAUCAUAUAUAUUGGCUUUCUGGAGUUUAUUUGGCAAAAUAUUCCUCUUCAGACUCUGGUAUGCGUGAAAAGAAACGUGUGAAAGUUGUCUCAGUUCAUGAUGCAGGCUUUCCAGCCUAUGCUCAGGAUGCUGGAAUAACAGUAUGGGCAGUGUUUGGCUUCAACGUGCACGGUGACAGCACCCCUGCUGUCCUAGCACAGCCAAGAACAUUGACUCCGUUGGGAGCACGGAGUUUGUACAAUGUGGGAGCUAAUUUCCGUGCUCGAUAUAUCAUGGGAGGCUCCGUCAGGGCACAGAAUACCUGGAUACAGGACCUCAAUCAGCAUAGCCUGGAUCCUGAACAAGUGAAAGUAUACUCCACGUCGGAACAGUUCACCGAGGCUUCAGGUCUUGCAUUCAUGCAAGGAUUGUACCCGCCAACGGGCAAUACGAAUCAGAGUUACACCUACCUUGACGACACUUACAUCCUGUCGAACGGCAGUAUAAUCAGUUCUCCCCUGAACGAUUAUCAAUACCCACGAAUCUAUGCGAGCAGUUUGGCGGAUCCCGGCUCAAUCUUUGUUGCUGGGCAUGCGGACUGUGACAAGUACCAAGAGCUGGAAGCAGAGUAUCAAAUCAGCGCCGAGUUCCAAAAAAUUGAAUCAGAUAAUGCCCAAUUCUACUCGGACAUGUAUGAUGUUGCCCUCGAGGGUGUGAUGACCAGGGCCUCCGUAGGCUACGCGCGAGCCACAGAUAUACACGAGUACCUGGAGUAUAACUAUUUGCACAACAAGAGUCUUGCGGACGCAUUGUUAUCUCAUGACUUACAGAGGGCCAGAGUACUGGCGAACCAAUACACGUACGCCACCAACGGAAAUUUGACAGUUUCCAAGAAAGAUGACGGAAACCAGGUUCGUGGUAUCGCAGGCCGCACUCUAUCUCGUCUCAUUCUCCAGUCUCUCCUUACAAACAUAGAGACUCAGGGAUCCUCCUCGAAAAUGACCUUGGUUUUUGGAGGCGCUGAACCGGUCGUCGCUUUCGCCGGCUUGAGCCAGCUUGCAUCGACAAUGAAUAGCCAGUUUUAUGGUAUGCCGGUCCUUGGAGCUUCGAUGGUGCUGGAGUUAUUCAGCAUGAACCCAACCUCUUCAGAUGUGUACCCAAAACUAUCAGAUUUAUUCGUCCGUUUUCUUUUCCGCAACAGUUCUUCAAUCCACGAAGGGUUCACUGAAUACCCCCUUUUUGGCUAUAGUCCAAGUCAAAUCAACUUGCCCUUCAAUGAAUUCGCUGCAGUACUCCGCCAAUUCAUGCUUCCGUCAACAAAAGCAUGGUGUGAGGCAUGCAAUAGCUCACCGAUGUUCUGCUUUGGCGCCGCGAAUAUGGGUAAAAAGCAAAGCAAGAACCAUUUGAGUCUGGCUGGCGCGGGAGCUAUAGGAGCAGUUGUUACUCUUGCAGUGGUAGCAGUAGCUAUGGGUAUUGCACGGUUUUGCGGUGUUGGGUUAUAUCGACGACGCAGAUCCUCAGGUCUAGGCGGUUUCAAGGGCAAUAGAAAGAUGGCUAGCGACCAGGAUCUCAGUUCGGCGACUCCAUCAAACGGGGCGUUCCAAAAGAUCGUUCCCGGUGGAGGUGCAAAUGUCAAGAGUCAUGAGCGAACCGGAAGUUGGGAAAUGAGGAACAAAGAUGGAGCGGGUGAUAAUGUCUCGCAGUUAGAUGAUGAGAGAGACGAGGAUAUCAGCGGCAUUGCCGAACCGGUCAAGUGCCAUCAAAUUGUGUGA